UCCUGCGCUCAGAGCUCGGUUUCAGUUUUAAGGAUUCCGCCCCUGACUUGUUUUCUGCGUGCAUGCGCGUUACCUGCGCAGAGGGCUGGCUGCAGAGUCACGUCGGGGCAGAAAUUCCUCCUACCCGUCACCGCUCAGCCAUUGGACACCCGCCCGAGGCGACGCAACCUCGGCCACGACGGCGCAUGUUUGCGCCUUUGACGCACACGCAUAUCCCGCAGAGAAGAACGGCCAGGCUCGGACAGCAGCUCGCCGCCCUCCGUGUCUCCGUGUCCUGUCGUGAUCCCUGACUUUUCUCAGCUGACUUCAGGUGCCCCUCGGAUAACCAUCAGAACGCAUCAGGUUAAAGAAGUUGCUACCGAGACACCACUGAUGGGGAACCUUUGAAACGUUGGUGUGGAUUACAAACCCACAAUUUCUGUCAAAUCUGGGCCAAAAAAUCAUUUGAUGAUGAUUUGACAUUUGAGGCUGCCCGGGACGCAAAUGCUGACAGCCAUGUCAGAGCUUGAAGUAGUGGAUGAUGGAGCAUUAUGUGGUUCAGGUCAACAUUUAUGUGCGGUUAAACACGUCACCGUAAGUUAUUAUUUGCCGCAACUGGCCCUUUUUCAGAACUGCUUUUCAUGUCUGCGAGCUAUGGCUGUGAGCACCAGCGGGGAGACCCUUUUUUCUGUUGAGAUCCCUUAUUUGGGGGGUGUAAAAUCCCCUCUGAUUGAAUAGAUUUUUAUGUUAAGUAUUAAUAUUUCCUGCAAAAUGGAGCACCUAAGGACAUCUCCUCACUUUAGUUGUUACAUUCAUGAGCUAAAGACCAAAUAACUCCCCUAUUUCAAAGGUCUACCCUCCAGCAGGAAAAGAACAAGAGACCUUGAACUUGACUGGAAUAGAUGCGAAACAGUGCGGGGAGACCCCUUUCACCAUCUUCAAUAUGCAUUGCCCAAUGCGGAAGAAACGUCUCACCCGCGACUCCGAUUUCUCGGCCAUCGCGGUGCCCUCCAUGCAGGGGUCUGGCUAUCUGGACUACACCCUCGAGAACCACGCCUCUAGAGCUCUUGGGGUCAUGGAUGAGUUCAGACGGCAGGAUAUGCUGUGCGACCUGGUGUUACACGUCACGUACAAGGACAGGACAGUGGACUUCAAGGUGCACAAGGUGGUGCUGGCCUCCUGCAGCCCCUACUUUAGAGCAAUGUUCACCAGAGGCUUCAAAGAGUGCCGCGCCUCAGAGGUCACCCUGCGCGAUGUGUGCCCGGAGGUGGUGGGAAGACUGAUAGAUUUUGCCUACACCUCCCACAUCACAGUGGGGGAGAAGUGCGUGUUGCAUGUGCUCCUGGGUGCCAUGAGGUAUCAGAUGGAGGAUGUGGCCAAAGCAUGUUGCGAUUUCCUCACCAAGCACCUGGAACCGGCUAAUGUCAUCGGAAUUGCGCGCUUUGCAGAAGAAAUUGGAUGCACGGAGCUGCAUCAGCGGUGCCGAGAGUACAUUAACACUCAUUUCAGCGAGGCAAGUCGCACAAGAAUUGUGACCAAAGUAGACGAGUUUUUCAGCCUGUCUCACUGCCAGCUGCUGGAGCUCAUCAGCCAGGACAGUAUUAAGGUGCUCUGUGAGUCUGAGGUGUAUAAGGCCUGCACAGACUGGGUGCGCUGGGACAUGGAGGGCAGAGCCCAGUAUCUGCACGCACUGUUAAAUGCUGUGCACAUCUAUGCGCUGCCUCCCAAGUUCCUGAAGAACCAGCUCCUGUCCUGCCCCAUCCUCAGUAAGGCCAAUUCCUGUAAGGACUUCCUGUCUAAAAUAUUCCAGGAAAUGACACUGAGAAAGCUUCCUCCUGCACCCAUCCGUGGCACCCAACUUAUCUAUGUGGCCGGCGGAUACCGACAACAUUCACUGGCCAUCAUGGAGGCUUAUGAUCCCAGGAGGAAUGUCUGGCUGAAACUGGCCGACAUGGGGACCCCGUGCAGUGGUCUGGGAGCAUGUGCCCUCUUUGGACUAGUCUACGCUGUUGGAGGCAGAAACCUGUCACUUCAGAAUAACACAGAAUCCAACACCCUGUCCUGCUACAACCCAAUGACCAACCAGUGGAGCCAGCGAGCGUCCCUCAACAUCCCCAGGAACAGGGUCGGGGUGGCUGAGAUGGAUGGCUGCAUCUAUGCUGUCGGGGGCUCCCAGGGCUCCGUGCAUCACAAUACUGUGGAGAGGUGGGAUCCAGAGUCUAAUCGCUGGUCCUUCGUUUGUCCGAUGUCGGUGGCUCGUCUUGGAGCCGGGGUGGUAGCUUGUGAAGGGGCUCUGUAUGUGGUGGGGGGCUAUGAUGGACAGAACCGCUGGAACACGGCUGAGAAAUACCAACCGGACACAAACACCUGGCACCAGCUGGCUCCCAUGAACACUUUACGCAGUGGACUCGGACUGGUGUGUGUGAACUCCCGCCUUUACGCAAUAGGAGGCUACGAUGGGCAGAACCAGCUCUGUACAGUGGAAAGCUAUAAUACAGUCAGGAACAUGUGGGAGCCCAGGGCCUCCAUGCAGCACUGCCGCAGUGCACACGGGGUCACGGUCCACCAGGGACGCGUCUACGUCCUCGGAGGUUUUAACCAGCAUGGCUUUCUGUCCAGCGUUGAGUGCUACAGUCCAGAGAGAAAUGAAUGGACGUACGUCACGGACAUGCCCGUUGGACGCAGCGGCAUGGGCGUCGCUGUUACCAUGGAGCCGUGCCCCGGCUGCCUGCCUGAACAGGAGGAAGAGGAGGAGGAUGGAGCCACAUAGGAUGAAGAAACUUGUCGAAGCAGUUUUGCGCUCUCACAAAACUCAAAAGGUUUUGUGAAUUAAAGACAGUCAUGUAACAAAGCCUCCUCUGCGAGGAGCCAGAGAGACCAUGUGGAGUUUUAUGCAAGUCCGAUUUUUGUUUUUUGUCUAGUUUCGUUUUGUUAAGAUGACUGCCAGCAUGAAUUUCACAUGGCCUUAGAUCUCUUUCCUGAAAAUUUAAAUUUUGCAAACUGAGUGCCAUUGCUUUUUGUAUUUGUAUUUCCUCACUUCUUCUAUUAUAGUGAUUAAAAAUAAGUUUAAAAAAUUACCCUCAAAAGUGAACUUACUGUUAUUGCACGUGUGUGUGUGAGUGCGUGUAGACAUUUCGUUUUUUGUCAUUCCUGUUAACCCCCCCCCAAAACAAAGUGUAAUUUCUAUUAACUUUUUAUCUUAACUGUUUUUUGUUGUUUUUUCCCGUCUUUGCAGAUGUGUUUUACUGACCUCUUGUGACUGCCUUUAUUUGGAUACAGCCACACAAGGCUGCUGCUCUCUGGGUAGCAAACCAUGCAUUACCACUAGAUGGUGGAAUAAGUCCAAAAACAGCUGGUCACAUCUUGACACACAAUGACAGAUUUCCCAAAAAAUGUAAAUAUGAAAUGCUUGCACAAGGAGCUGUGACAUCCUAUUUUCAUGUGCCAUAUUUGUUAAUGUUUUUUAACUCAGAAAAUUUGGAGGUAAUCGGCCCUUACAGUCUAUAAGAAAGGACUCAUUGGUUUAGGGGAUGUGUUAGUCAUCAACCAC